AUGGAGGACUUCACAACCAGAAAUGAGGAUAACACAACUGCAAAGCCAGAAGCUCAGAGGUUACGUUUAGUGGAUGGAGGAAGCGGCUGUGCUGGCAGAGUGGAGUUUGAAGACGAUGGUAUCUGGGGCACCGUAUGUGAUGACAGCUGGGAUCUGACUGAUGCCAAUGUUGUGUGCCGGCAACUGGGUUGUGGAUGGGCCAUUCAGGCUCCCAAUGCCUCUUUUUUCCAAAAGGGAACAGGCCCCAUCCAUUUGGAUGAAGUGAAAUGCUCAGGGAAUGAAUCUUAUUUGUGGGACUGUCCCUCUGAGAAGAAACAUGACUGUGGGCACAAGGAAGAUGCUGGCGUGGUGUGUUCAGAUCACCAGGAGUGGCGCUUAUCGGGUGGACUAGAUGCUUGUGCUGGCCGAGUGGAGGUCUACUACGAGGGGGUCUGGAACACUGUAUGCGAUAGCAGCUGGUACCAACAACAGGCCAAUGUGCUCUGCCGCUUCUUGAAGUGCAGCAAUGGGGCUGUAGGGCCAAAGGUGCCCUUUGACCAUACGCUUUUGGGAAAGAUGUAUUAUGACUGUUCUGGAAAUGAAAGCUCGCUCGCCCAGUGUUUCUGGCGCUACAACAACUCCAAUCUGUGUGACCAGUCCAGAGCUGCUGGUUUGAUAUGUUUGGCUGUACGUGAGAACUGGGAAGAGAAGACACCAUCAUACCAGAUGUUGCUAAUCCUCUGCAUCAUCCUGGGUCUUCUCCUUUUUAUGGCCAUUCUGACUCUUAUUGUUUUGCUGAGAAGGAAAGACAAUACCAUCGCCCGUGGCAUUUCCUCGGCUUCAUUAACUGCUCCAGUCCUAAUGAAUCACAGCAUGCCGAUCUCAGGGAUGACCACUGGAGUGAAUAACGACUAUCGGGAAAUGCCCACAAGCCUUCCCAAAGGAGAAGCAACAGCAGCGAUGAUCACAUCUCACGCUGAAGAGUCCGACUCUGACUAUGAACACUAUGAUUUCAAGGACAAGCCACCGACGGCACUCUCUACUUUCUACAAUUCUCUUCGACACCGAGCAGCUGAUACAGACAUUUCUCCAUGCAAUAUCCCCAUGCCAGCUAUGCAGGAGGAAGGCUUGACAACGGCUUCCCGAACUUUGGUGAACUACAAGGCCCGGACUGACUCAUCUGAUAGCAGCGAUUAUGAUGAUAUGUGGCUCUCUGAGUCUUAG